AUGCACAGCAAAGUUGUCAUUAUUGGCUCGGGGCCAGCGGCCCAUACUGCCGCCGUCUAUCUGGGCAGAGCAGAGCUGAAGCCCGUUCUCUACGAGGGCUUCAUGGCCAACGGCAUCGCGGCAGGCGGCCAAUUGACGACCACGACCGAGAUUGAAAACUUCCCCGGCUUCCCCAAGGGCAUCAUGGGCCAGGAGCUAAUGGACAACAUGCGCGCGCAAUCCGAACGCUUCGGCACCGAAAUCGUCACCGACACCGUCACAAAGCUAGACCUCAGCAGCCGCCCGUUCAAGUACAGCACCGAGUUCUCGCCCGACGAGACGCACACGGCCGACGCCGUCAUCAUCGCCACCGGCGCCUCGGCGCGCCGCAUGAACCUCCCCGGCGAGCAGACGUACUGGCAAAACGGCAUCUCGGCGUGCGCCGUGUGCGACGGCGCCCUCCCGCUCUUCCGCAACAAGCAGCUGUACGUGAUCGGCGGAGGUGACUCGGCCGCCGAGGAGGCCACCUUCCUCACAAAGUACGGCAGCCACGUCACCGUCCUCGUGCGCCGCGACGUCCUGCGCGCCAGCAAGGCCAUGGCCACGCGCCUGCUCAAGAACGAAAAGGUCACGGUGCGCUUCAACACCGUGGCCACCGAGGUCCGCGGCGGCGCCGACAAGCUCAUGAGCCACCUCGUCGUCCGGGACACCGUCACCGGCAAGGAGGAGGUCGUCGAGGCCAACGGCCUGUUCUACGCCAUUGGCCACGAUCCCGCCACCGCCCUGGUCAAGGGCCAGGUGGACAUGGACGCCGACGGCUACAUCAUCACCAAGCCUGGCACCACCAUGACCAGCAUCGAGGGCGUCUAUGCCGCCGGCGAUGUGCAGGACAAGAGAUAUAGACAGGCUAUUACUAGCGCAGGUACGGGGUGCAUGGCUGCCCUCGAGGCCGAAAAGUUUAUUAGCGAGCAGGACUAG